UGCCGGAGUGGCGGUGUGUGGCGGCCCGCCGGCUUCCUCCCGCCGCGAGGCGCGCAUUCGCUCCGGAGCGGCCGCGGCGAGUGCACGUCCACGUGUCCACAGCCCUCCACCGGCGCGCGAUCGCGACAAAACUUUUCAGUGCCGUGAAAAACAUUAUUUUCCGAACACGCAAAAAUGGACAAGAUUUUUCUGUGCUGUGAUUUUUUCCUAACUGUGUAAAGACUAAUCGAGCGUAAGAGUGUUUUGAAGAGGCUAAUUACGGGUUGCUAGACUAAUUGGCUGGGCCGGCGUUUCAUGAAGUGCGAGAGGCGUACGCCGCAACAGGCGAGCGGCGGUAGUCCAGGGCUGGGUACCCAGAUGCUUGCCAUGGAGGUCGCUAAGGAGGCGCGCGCGUCGCCGCUGCCUGCGUCUGCGCAGACCGGCACCUCUUCGCAGCCUGCUCAACCACCUCAACCACAGAUCUGUGCUGGAUGUAGCAAGGUGAUCACAGAGCGCUACUUACUGAAGGCUUUGGACCAGCUGUGGCACGAGGACUGCCUCAAGUGCGGCUGCUGCGACUGCCGGCUGGGAGAAGUUGGACACACCCUGUAUACGAGGGCCAACCUCAUCCUUUGCAAGAGGGAUUACUUGAGGCUGUUCGGUAACACUGGAUACUGCGCGGCUUGCAAUAAAGUCAUUCCCGCGUUUGAGAUGGUGAUGCGCGCACGCAGCAAUGUGUAUCACCUGGAAUGCUUCGCUUGCCAGCAGUGCAAUCAUAGGUUCUGCGUGGGUGACCGGUUCUACCUGUGCGACAACAAGAUCCUGUGCGAGUAUGACUACGAGGAGCGCCUCGUGUUCGCCAACAUGGCGUACAACCCGCCGCCGCUUGCGCACCUCAAGAGGCAGACCACGCAUCUACCACCACCACCGACAAGCAACGCAAUGAGCGGUUUGAUGAACGGCUCGAGCCGCUCCGGUGAUCUGAACAACAACAUGUCGGGCUCGUCGCCGGCUCCGUUCGCCGCCCCGCCGCACCUCAAGCCACUCGGCCUCUCGGCGUCCAGCUGAGAUUACAGCGCGUGAGACGCGGCCCACCCCUACGCCAAGUAUCAAAACUAAUCACGCGUGCUCCAAACAAUGAUUGAUACUACAAAGUCAAACUGUUGCUGUUGCAAACGAACUCUCAAGUGUUUUAGCGCAGCUCUUUAAAGACAGAACUUUUGAAAUUCGUCUCAUUAUGAACUUAACAUGUUUCUAAGUGUACGUAUAAACUAAAGCAAAGUAAAUGCCAAACUGUAGUUAAUGUUUCUGAUUGUUUAUGACAGCACGUAAUUAGCGUACAUUGUAUGUAAUUUUCUUGAAUAAAAUAUGAUAUUACCUAUUAUGUUAGUUAGAGUAAUGACUGGGCGAAGGAGGACUGUUUUAGUUUUUUUUCUCAGAAUUUGAUCUCAGAUGAGCAAUUAUGCUGAAUUAGAAUAUAGGUAAAGGAUCUAUGAAUCUCUUUUUUGUAUAAAUUUGUUAAAAGUUGCAAUAUCAUGUCUGUAUUUUUCUCUUAAACGUAUAAGUAAUAAUGAGUGAAGUUACUGUACGGAUGAGUGAUACAGUGCGAUUCUUAGGGCUGUGAAUAUUUUCAGCGGUUUAGAUGCGUUGUGGAUGACGCGAUAUGGACAUUAUGGCGGGUCCACCGCACCGCUACGGUGAGCGGUGGGCCGCCGCGCCGACGCGCGUGUAAACCGCUGAAUGUGUAACCGACCUAACGCGGGAAUCCAACGAG